AUGAUUCGGUCGCGCCGCGUGGCCGCGACCGUGUCCGACGAGUCGGCAGCAGCGUCCGACGAGUCGGCGGCAUCCGGCGAAUCGGCGGCAUCCGACGAGGAUGCAUCCGGCGACGAGUCCGCGCCGCCACUGAGAGUGCAGCAGCAGCGCCUCGCUGCUGCAGCAGCACCCUAUGCCAGUGUCUCCGUAUUUCCCGAGGUAACCACCGCUCCCUUCCCGCGCAUCCCGCCACUCUCCUCGCUCGCCCGCUUCCCCUCCAUCGAAACCCAAUCGCCUUCCGCGCAGAGCCCCGGCAGUCGCUCACUCGCCUCCGCGCGCGCAGACGCGCGCUCCCCCCGCAAUCCAGCGCAGUCCCGCUUUCAUCUAUCCGCGCAGCCCCAACACGAGCAGUGGCGGCCCCCGCUCCCAGCCGCCGCUCCUCCUCCGCCCGCUGGCGCAGCUCCAGGGUACGUCAGCAGCAGCGGCGACCGCGCUGUUCCUGCUGCGUAUCACCCUCUUGCGUUCAGUGAUACGCUGCAGGGUUCCGUGCCGCCCGCUGCUUCUACUGCUGCGGGUGCUGCUGCGGCUACGAGGAGCGACGGGAGUGUGGCAAAGCGUGUGAUGGAGUUGGAGCGAGCGGGAAUGGCUGAGAGGGCAGCACAGGAAAUGGUUGCACCUGCAGUAGCGGCAGCAGCUGCAGCAGCGGACAGAAGACCCGUUGUGCGAGCAGGAUGCGGUGAUGGUGGCUAUUGUGAUGGGGGAGGUGGGGAGGAUGGGGAGGAGGAGGAGGAUGAGGAGGAUGAGGAGUACGAGGCCCUUGAUUGCUCCUUUGCCGCAUGGGAGGGGCCACAGGCAGUGAAGCAGAUCACACCCGACAAGGGCAGUGCUGCUGCUCAUGCUGAUGCUGCUUUUGCUGGCAUUCCUGGGAACGUGUGGGAGGAGAGUGAGAGUGAGGCCCAAGCGGAGGACGAGCCUUCAUCCUUCACUUUCCAACCUGUUGUCAGCAGCACCGCCGUCCCUGCUGCUGCUGCUCCUGGCGCCGGUGGAAAGGCCGCAGUUCUACCCGUCUUCUCCUCCUCCUCCUCCUCCUCCUGCUACCCGUGCACGCGCUUCCCCACGUGCUGCUCACCUCCGGCCUUCCUCGCCUCUGCAUCGCUACCCUUCGUCCCCUUUGUACCUGCACUCGGAAGUGGGCCUCAACCAGGAGCAGUGGCAGCAACAGCAGAUACUGCAGCAGCAGCAGCAGCAGCAGCAGCAGCAGCAGCAGCAGCAGCAGCAGCAGCAGCAGCAGCAGCAGCAGCAGCAGCAGCAGCAGCAGCAGCAGCAGCAGCAGCAGCAGCAGCAGCAGCAGCAGCAGCAGCAGCAGCAGCAGCAGCAGCAGCACCAGCAGCAGCAGCAGCAGCAGCAGCACCUGCACCACCAGCAUCACCAACAUCACCAGCAGCAACAGCAUCAGCAGCUGUUGCUGCAUUGCUAUCCAUCGUCUGCCAUGACCCUCCUUGCUCCCUCGUCCCCCCGGCCUCGCCUCUCACAGCCAGAGUCCCCGUACCUGAGUAA